AUGCCAACAUUAUUAUUACUAUUAUUUAUUUUUUUUAUAAAAAUAUUUUGGCUUUCCUUCAACAGCGGACCCUGGCUAGCUGAUCUGUUCUUCUUCGACAAAUUUGGACACUGCGAAAGAACACAACCGUUUGACCUGGCCGAUGAGAAGUACAUACUGAAGCAUAUAGGAGGCGGGUUCGUUCACGAGACUCUCAUCUGCGACAUCACGUUAAAGUCUCCCACAGGUUACGGUGUUUGUCUAACGUUUGAGGAUCUGGAGAUCGACGACUGCUCCGUGCGCAUCAAGAUUUACACGUCCUCAACCAGCACUGGGCCGGAAUGGCGGUCGCUGGAUUGCAACGACGACUCCCCAGGGCAGAUGUGCACCACUGACCGUUUCGUCACGGUCCGAGUGGUCAAGGAUAAACUCAACUACAACAGAGGCUACUCCUUCGAGAUUCAUGUCGAGAAAAGUCACAACAUCACGGAGAAGGGGGUGCUGUUCGCUUCUAUCGGGGUGUUCGUGGCGGUGAUCCUCGGCGUGGUCAUCCUCACGUCGAUCCUCUUCUUGUUAUUCCUCUACUGCUGCUGUUGCCGGCGCCGGAGCGGCUUUCAAGUGAAGACCCUGGAGAUUAAUCAAAUACCUCUGCAGGAGAAUGGCAGUCUUGUGCAGCCGUCAGCGCCACCAGUCGAUAUAGAAGACAGACUUUGGGCAGCAAACUCUACGAGUCACAUGUAUACACAUUCCCAAUACGGGCCAUACCCGCUGCAGCACAUGCCUCCACCUUACACAUCCCCGCCACCCUACCAGCAGGACUGUACAGUGGAAGUCACUCGAUACACACAAGGACCUCUCUCAAACUACCCCGUGAAAUGA